AUGAUGGAGGUACCGCAACAACAACAACAUGCGAAUGACUUCAUCGUUUAUUUGGAUGAUAUUGAUGGAAUACAAUAUAAGAGACGUGCACCAAAGAUUGUAAAGCAUUACCUAUUGGGUGAGGUACUGGGCGAAGGUGCUUAUGGAAAGGUCAAGGAUGGAAUGGAUACAUUCACACAGAAGCGAGUGGCCGUAAAGAUAUUAAAGAGAGCUCGUUUGAAGAAGGUUAUGGGCGGUGAGGCAUCAGUACUCAAGGAGAUCAACAUCACACAGAAGCUGCACAACAAGCAUAUCAUCAAGCUUAUAGAUCACUUCACUAUCGAGGAGAAGGGAAAGAUGUACAUUGUCUACGAGUAUAUUGGCGGAGGCACUCUACAAGGUCUACUCGAAGCAUCCCCAACACAUCGUCUUCCAAUGGCCCAAGCACAAAGGAUAUUCAAUCAACUUCUCGAGGCCGUAGAGUAUAUACAUUCACAAAAGAUACUGCAUAGAGAUAUUAAGCCAGAUAACAUACUAUUCACUAAUGAGGGACUACUAAAGUUGACAGACUUUGGCGUUUCAGAGGAUAGCUCGCUGUUGGGUAACGACCUAGAGUGUCUAUCCAGAAGCUAUGGCUCACCAGCCUUCCAACCUCCCGAGCUGGCAUCAUAUCAUCGUAGUCUAUCACCAUUCAAGAUUGAUAUAUGGGCAAUGGGUGUCACAUUAUAUCUGAUGACUAUUGGAAAGUUCCCAUUCUCGGGAUCAAACAUGUAUAUACUAUUCGAGAAUAUAUCAAGAUGCAAUGUCGCAUUCCCAGACGAUAUCGACACUGAUCUGUGUAAUCUAAUCCGCGGAAUCCUACAGGUUGAUCAUAACCUUCGCUUUACUCUAACUCAAAUCAAGAAUCAUCCAUGGUGUACAAAGACAUUCUCUACUAUGGAGCCAUUCAUUCCUCUGCCACAAGAGACAAAGUUCGACCCACUCGAGAUGGCUUAUGGCAACAACGAACAACACGACAAUGAUAACUACGACGACGACGAUUUGAUAUUUGGCUACGAACAAGAUACUUUCCAACUGCCAGUGUCUCAGCAACACUUUGGCGAUCCUAUUCUCAUACCUACAAUGCCACCUCCAACCAUUGACCUUCAUUUGGGAGACUCCACCUGCGACCUGACUGACUCUAGCGAGUUCCUUGCCUCGUCCGACCAUCACUCACAUGUUCUCGAAGAAGCGAUUGAGCAAUGCAUUCAUCAACAAGUGUCUGCAGAGUCUCCUGUAAAUAAUAAUAUCUCCCAACAACAACAGCAACAACAGCAACAACAACAACAACAGGGUGGUGAUAGUGAACAUCAGUCAGACAGUUCAAUCUCCACGCCUGGCAGUGAGUCUCCAAAGCCACCACUGAGGAACUCGAGCAAUAGCCGGCCAAAGAUCACCUUUGAAUCCACAAACAAGAAGGGUUCGAAAUGUACAAUACAGUAG